AUGCCGCGAGCGGUCUCUGCCAAGCUAUCGCGCCAGCACGAGCCGGCUGCGGGUCUGCGCCCCGGCUCGGCCCGUACCGCUGCCUCCAACCCCAACGCCGCGCACGCCUCGAACCAGAACUCGAGCGCCACCACCAAGAACCCCAUCUUCAACACGGACAAGUUCGGCCAGCACAUUCUCAAGAACCCGCUCGUCGCGCAGGGCAUCGUCGACAAGGCCAACCUCAAACCAACAGACAUGGUGCUCGAGGUCGGUCCUGGUACCGGUAACCUUACGGUCCGCAUCCUGGAAAAGGCCAAGAAGACCACCGUCGUCGAGAUGGACCCACGCAUGGCCGCCGAGCUGAGCAAGCGUGUCCAGGGAAAGCCCGAACAGCGCAAGCUCGACAUCAUGAUCGGCGACUUUUGCAAGACCGAACUGCCGUACUUUGACGUAUGCAUCUCCAAUACGCCGUACCAGAUCUCGUCGCCGCUCGUCUUCAGGCUGCUCUCGCACCGACCGCUCUUCCGCUGCGCCAUUCUCAUGUUCCAGCGCGAGUUUGCGCUGCGACUCAUCGCUCGCCCCGGCGACAACCUUUGGUGCCGACUUUCGGCCAACGUCCAACUCUACUCGAAGGUGGAUCACAUCAUGAAGGUGUCGCGCAACUCGUUCCGACCUCCUCCGCAAGUCGAAUCGAGCGUGGUGAGGAUCACGCCGUUGAAUCCGCCACCUGCGAUUCCCUUCGAAGAGUUUGAUGGUCUGACGCGCAUCGUGUUUUCGAGGCGCAACAAGACGGUGCGCGCGAGCUUCUUUGAUGCGCGCGGAGUGAUCGACAUGCUUGAGGCCAACUACAAGACCUACUGUGCAGUCAAGGAGAUCAUGCCGCAGGACAACUUUGCCGACCUCGUCAAGCAGGUGCUCAUCGACACCGACACUGCAGAGAACCGUGCCGCAAAGAUGGACAUCGACGACUUGCUCAAGUUGCUCGCCGCAUUCCACGAGAAGGGCAUCCACUUUUCGUAG